CAAGUAAUUUUGUUCAUAGUUGCGAUUGUUUUGCUUUGGCAGCAACACCACCCAUGAGGAAGUGAAAGUCUGUAACAGACUUCCUGUGCUUGUUGUCUUGGGAGGACCUCACAGGGGCAGCUAAGAAAGCCAGGGGAUAGACAGUUUAAUUUAGUUCCAGUCAGUGUCGACAUGGAGCUCUGGACGGUACUAUAUCUUGUGAGUCUCCUGAACAUGGCAUGUUGUUUGCUCGAAUCAUCCUACAUUGUUCGUUUGAACAAACUCUCAUUCGAAGAUGCUCAGAAUUAUUGCAAACCUGGAAGUUUCCUGACCAACAUUCCAAAUGAGAAGGAUAUGGCGAAGAUUCUGAAAACAAUCUGGGAUAUGAAUAGCAAAACCACCACGUCAUUUUGGAUUGGACUAAAGAGGGAUAAAGGCAUCUGUGUUCAACAGCAUUUGCCUCUUAAAGGAUUCUACUGGACAGUGGACAACAGCACUCAAUCUGAUGUUAAAACCUGGAAAACCCAACCUAGAGGUACUUGCGCAAAUCUUCGUUGUGGGCUGCUUUCAGUGGAAUACAGUGGCUCUGGCACAAAAAGCAAUGGUUUUGUUGAUACUGCCUGCAAACACGAACAUCCUUUCAUUUGCAAACGAAACAUCAAGCUGAAAUGUUCUCGACCAGAAAUACUCAACACACAUGACAUGAUUGAGCCAAUAAAUGAUCCGUAUACAUGUCAGAUUGUUUGCCGUUCUGGUGCCAGGUUCAAUCUGACAUGCUCCAAAGAUCUAGUUUGGACUCUAGUCGGCAACGAAAACAUGAAUAUAUCUCAACUCUGCCAAGAGUGCAAAAAAGGCUACAGGACAGAUGCGUCCGGAAACUGUGUGGAUGUAAACGAAUGUGAAGAGUUGAAACCAUGUGAACACAAAUGCCAGAACACAGAAGGCUCCUACAAAUGUCUCUGUUCAUACAAUGACGAUGACAUUUGUAAUGGCCCAUCAAAGCCGCCCACCACCAAUCGGAAAAACUAUGAAUAUUCAAACAUAAACCGGGGCAAAUCUAGGUUAACUCAGCCUACGUUUCUGCCUACUGAUGAUGUCAGAAUGCAUGAGACAGUCAUACACAUUGAGGAGAGCAGUGGUGACAUUUCAAAUAUCGUAGUACCUGUGAUAAUAGCUCUGUUGAUUUUCAUAGUGCUGCUGGUGAUUGUGGCAGCCAUUGUGAAAGGCUGCCAGAGGAGGAGAUCCAUAAAACUGGCCAAGAGGAAGGCGGAGGCUGUGCCUCUAAAUGGAUUCAGCUCCAAAGAGAAGGUGAAUGAAAAGGAGGAAACCUAAGGGGAGAGACUGAGCAAAUAGGGUGCUUUUUGCAAGAUAUUCCUAUCUCAGAACAUUUGGGUGUGAGUUCUGGAGUCACAAGAGUGCUGUGUAAUUACUGCCUUUGAAUUUCAUUUACCACGGUUGAAAUCAGGUUGAAAUCAGGGUCUUUAUACCAAAGUGGAUUUAGAAAUUCUAUCUAGGUCACAUCAACGGUAAUUAGAUUUUUUUUUACACUUUCAUAGCUGAUAUUUAAAUGCACCUAUAUCUAGAGUUCUAAGAACUGUUGAAGAUAUUAUGUUAAUACUGCCAUUGGAUGUGUUUUCUAAAGAUAUAUCUAUCUUAUGUUUCACAAUAUGAAAGUUUUAAACGUGUCUUUUUAACUUAGUAGUUAUAUAAAUAAAGAUGGCUGUUUAAACUGCUG